UGAAUAAGUCUUUACUUUACAUAAACUCACUGCGCAGACUCGUUAUUUUCAUUAUAAGCUUCCUUUCUGCUAAAUCUCUGUUCUAAGAGGUUGUGUAUUUCGUGUCUCUGGGCAAUCGAUUAACAUCUGCAAUUAUGCUUAUCUAUAACGACUUAUUAACUGGAGACGAACUUUUUAGCGAUGCAUUUCCAAUUAAAGAUGUACUUGACGUAGCUCUUGAAGUGGAAGGAAAGUAUGUUACCGGACAAUCUCAAUCCUAUGACAUUGGUGCCAAUCCUUCAGCUGAAGAGGCUGCAGAAUCCUAUGAUGAUACGUCUGCUGGUGGACUUGACAUUGUCCUAAGCCACAGACUGAAGGAGAUUUAUAUAGACAAAGCCUACCUUAAGGAUUAUUUGAAAGACUACUCCAAAAAGAUUUUAGAGUUACUUAAAGCAAAAGAUACUGAAAAAGCCGAUCAUUUUAAAUCAAAUGCACCAGCUGUUGUCAAACGCAUUUUGGGUCGAUUUAAAGAACUACGCUUCUUUGUAGGGGGUGAGUCUGAUGAGAUCGGUGCAAUUAUGAUGCUUGAUCAUCGAGAUGAUGAAACUCCUUUCUUCAUAGUUUUUAAAGAUGGUCUUGAAGCGAUGAAAUGUUGAGGUAUUGAUUGGCCACAUGGCAAUGUGAAAAGAAAAAUUGAACCAACUUGUAUGUUAAUCAUAGCUGUGUCAUUAGUAUUCUUUUAAAAGAAUCUUCUGAAGAGACAGACAUGCAUAUCCUCUACAGUGAUUGAUAUUGGUAAUAAAAUGAAAU